AGUUUAGCCGGGGUAAUUGUAAUCACACUUGCCUUAAUGAAGGGACUUAACGCGCAUGGAGAAUGCUUCGUUGGUGAAAUAUUUGCCACGGAAGAUGAUGUGGCGGGUACGUGUACAAAAACAUGUCCGGAGGCAUCAGGAAAAACUGGCCGAGCAGGAUGUGAUAGGUUGUCGAAUUGUCGUCAAGUGUCACAUUUGAAAGGUUGGACGAGAGGGUUUGUGAAUUGUGACAUCUGUAAAUGCGACUGCUAUAAGUAUUGUCAAUUUGGGGAAAAGUGCAGAUUUGCUUCAGGAAUUACAGUUUCACGCACAUAUGCCAAGCCAGAUUUGAACCAGGGCUCAUGCACCAAAACAUGUGAAACGGUACCAAAACAGUUCGACAAAUUCGGUUGUAAAGAGAUCAAAAAUUGUCGCCUGAGAAUGCAGGGUUGGCUUAGAAUAUUCGUGUAUUGUGACCUGUGCCAGUGUGACUGUGUUCUUCCUACCAUUGAUCCACUCGACCUUGAACAUGGUAUAUAUCCGGGUCAAUGCUAUGAUGAUCAAAAUGCAUCAGGCGGUCCUCUCCUCCCUGAGCAGCCGACGCGCCGUCCAUGUGGAGGCGUAGAAGGAAGCGAUUGUAGUCUUUUCGGACUUCAAGACGACGAUGGAACUGGUUUUUGUGACACCGGCAACAAACAUAAAUGUGUCGCCAUACCUUCGUCUUCUAAGUUCACUCCCGAUGGUGUAAACACAUUGAACGUUAUGAGUUACAACAUAUUCGAGAGACGAUUUGCUAUAUCACACGAUGGUCAGGUAGAAAGGACAUGUAGGAUACCAAAAAUGAUUGCCGACAAAUUCAACACUAUUGAUGUAGUCGUAUUUCAGGAGGCGUUCAUGGGUGGCUGUUGGCCUGACAUCAGUAUGAGAGAUCUCCUUAUCUUCUACGGUUUUAUUUACAUCACUGAGACCAUAGAAGGUAGCGGAGAUCUACAACAAAUCGAAAAUGGAGGUGUCUUUAUCGCGUCGAGAUGGCCUAUCGUUGAAUCUAGAUUCCAUGUAUUUGAGGCAUAUACUCAUUUUACUGGAGAUGCUUUAUCGAAGAAGGGAGUUGUGUACACCAAAAUAAAAAAGCGCAUAAAUGAUGCAUCUAAAUACUUCCACAUAUUUGGAACCCAUAUGCAGGCUCAAAAGGGCGCAGGUCCAGCUCAAGCACGUGUUAACCAAGCAAGAGAAAUGAACAGCUUCAGUGACAGCCUAAACAUCCCAAUUAGCGAAGCUGUGAUUUACGCCGGUGACUUUAAUGUAGAUAAGAUUGACGAACGUACACAUUUAAAUGAUAUUAUGGUUGCCCUUGAUGCUACAGUUCCUGCUGUGGCUGGCGAUCUUACGGGGACGUACGAUAACAGACGUAACGAACUAACAAACUUGGGUAAAGCAAGCGACGAACCGACAGUGGAAUGGUUAGAUUACGUUGUGUACAGUAACAAGCACCAGGCACCAAAAUCGGUCUCCAUGGUAGCACAUGAUGUGAAGGCAGACCAGGCUUUCAAUGUAUGUUGGUGUGAGGGUUGUAUCUUAAAGAGUUCGUAUUAUUGGUAUCCAGGGAGCAGUUGCUCGAAUAUUCAAGGAAUUCGAGACCUUUCCGACCAUUUCCCAGUUACCGCAAAAUUUGAAUUUUAA